UGAUGUGGCCAAGAGCAGACAUGGCAGCUGUGGGGGAGCUAGUGCUGGUACUGGGUUUACUGGUGAGCGCUCACUGUGAGGUGAGGGCACGGGACCCUGGGGAGGAGGAGGAGGGGGAGCUGGGAGGAAGAGCAGUGGCAGGAGGAGGAGGAGGAGGAGGAGGAGUAGCGUUCCCCUCUCACCUUGAGGAGUUACCCCCAGGAGCGACAGAGAACCCCCCUGUGGGAGAGAAAGGGAACUACCCGGCCAGAAUGGGAAACUGGUGUGCUUUCGUGCAAAAGCGUGUGGUUACCACAGCGAUUGCGUGUGGAACAGAGAAGUACACCAUUAGGUCUCAGAGUCCAUGUCCGAUCGGGACACCCGACUGUCAGCUGGUCAUGUACAAGCUGUCCACCCGGCCAGUCUACAGGCAGAAGCAGCAGAUCUUUACUGCUCUGCUGUGGCAAUGCUGCCCAGGACACGGAGGACAAGACUGCGAGGACUCAGUUUCUGAUGCCCAGCUGAAUCCUGAGAAAACAGAUGUGAUUGAAGUAUCUGAAGAAGCAAGACCAAGACCCGGUCCUUCAGGUGGUGUAAUGGCCAAGUUACAUUCAGGCAUAUUAAAAGGUGUUCAGGAGAAGUUCCAGCGGCAGCACGGCGACCCAGACCGUGAACAGAACGACCACCAGGCCCCCCUCAGCUCACUGUAUGACGCAAGCUACACAGGCAACCAGCACAACAUCACGGACCCUGCCCGGGACACAGGACACGCCCAUACCCUCCAUCAUGUGCCACAGCACACUGCAAACAUGCACAACCCACAUCUCAACCAUGACCAUCAUGUGAACCAUCCCCAUCAUGGACAGCAGCAGGGUCGCCAUCCCCCUGAAUAUCCAGUACCCGUGGCCUACCAAGAAGUCCCUGCUGCCCUCCCUGUCCCCCACAUGAUGGCUUUGGUCAUGUCCCAGCUGCAACCAUUGUUGGAGGGCUUCAACCGCUCCCUGGACCACCUGAGCCGGCAAGUAGGGGACCUGGCCCGCGACGUGGCCCAGCUAAAGAGCAGCCAGCUGGGGGCUGAGCUGCAGGCGGAGCCCCCAGACUUUUCUGAGCUGGAUGCAGCAGCAGAGGAGCGCCUGAAUACCAGACUGGAUGAGACACUUCAGCAGGUCAGAGAGGUCCGCAGGCAGGUGGAGAGCCAACGGACUGACAUAGAGAACAGGCUGCACUCCCAGCAUGCAAUGCUGCACUACAACCUCACCAGCUUUAAGACGGACAUCGACAUGAAGCUCAAACGCAACCAGAAGAUGCUUCAGGUCAGCCUGCAGGCUAUGAACAGCACACUUGCAGAGAUGAAGUUGGAGCAGGCAGCAGAGGAUCAGCUAGAGGAUCACAUCUCUACUACCACCGUACCUCCCUCACGCCCCCUGCAGCCCUCAGACACAGGGCUCUGGGGGGCCAUUGAGCGCCUGGACAACAUGGUGGUCAGCAAUACAGAGAAGGUAGACGGGAUGAUGGAGGAUCUGGAGGUGACCUCAGGCUAUGUGCAGCAGCUGAGGGGGGACUUAAAGGAUCUUGGGAAGCAGCUCAAUGCGACAGCAAGGACCAGUCAGAUCCAGUUCAUGGAGACAGGGUUGGAGGUGGAGUUGGCGCGGGAGGUGGUGCUGAGGCGAGUGGACGAGCUGGCAGGUAAUCUGAGUGUGCAGAGUGUGCGGAUGCAGGAUUUGGAUUUAGACAUGGACUAUCUGUACACCAUCCACUACAAGCGCAACUGCUCCUUGGACUGCAAAGGAAUAAAAGUCGCCCUGGCUGACCUGGAGAAGGGUCUGGCUAAUGUGACCAAGCUGGCCAAUGAGAAUCAAUUGGCUUUGGAUGAGAGCGAUGGAGCAGGCGCGGGGGAAUGGGGCGGGCCAGGUGACUGGGAGCCAGCAGUGGCAACCCUUCAACAAGACCUCCAGCAGGUGCAGGAGACACUGACCUCAGAGAAGACUAGGACCAGUGUUCUGGAGCAGAGUCUGAGCCAGUUGAGCAACUCGGUGACUGUGGGUCUUGCAGAGGUCUCGGGCCUGAGGAAACUGGUGGAGGAGAUGAAACACCUGCCCACCUCCUUUAACUCUCUACUGAAAGACGCCAUCCGACACAGCGACGUGUUGGAGCUGCUGCUUGGUGAGGAGGUGCUGGAGUUCCUUGAGUGGCCCGUCCAGGACCAGGAGGCCCAUUCCAUCCCAGCCCUGAAGGAGCAGCUGAGCCUUCUGCAGGAGCAGCUGAGUGGACACAGCCUGAGCAUCACCUCCCUGCUAGGCAACAAGCCAGAGAGCAGAGAGGAGGUACCAUCUGCUGACCAGCCCCCUUCCUCCCCUCAUCACUUCCCUGAAGAUUGGCUCUCUGGCAGCAGAAGAAGGAGCACCAGUGGAGUUCCAGCCAGGGAGCGGCAGCUCGUCCUGCAUCCCCAGGGGGGGCAUCCUGAACACGGAGUAGACGGCAGCGACUUGUGGAACCUGGAGAAAACAGUGAAGGAGCUGAGGCAGAAAGUGCUCCUGCUGGAGGAGGAACAACGCAAUGCUACUAUAGGGAGGGCUGCACCUCCCAGUGGUGUUGAGGCCAAAUUGCAGGCGGAGGUUCUGUGGCUAAAGAGAGGGCUGGAGGAACAUCUGAAGGUAUUCAAGAAUGUCUUCAGUAAUGCUGACGUGCUGGCAGGAUCUAAGGACACACUGGCGCUGGAUAAACUGUUGCAGCUGGUGAAGAACAGAGAGGGGAAGAAGGAUAAGAAGAGAGGAGGAGGGAGGGAGGGGACAGGAAGUGGAGGACACCAUCGCAGCAGGAGGGAGACAUCAGGUAUUGUUCCCCUCCUGAGCCGCCAAUCAGACGACCCUCUGCUGCUCGUAGCUGGAUCUCCUUUGCGUGGCUCAAACAGUGUCAUCCUGUUAGAGCCGUCUCUGAACCGAGGUCAGUUUUACUCUGACACAGGCACCUUUAUGGCUCCAGUGAAGGGGAUCUACCUGUUUGUCCUCACCCUGGACCUGAGGCCGGGCCCUGCCCACAUGGUGCUGAGGAAGGGGUUAGGGGGAGCCAUGGUGUCUCUCCAUCGACAGGAGGGGAGGGAGGCAGGGCUGGUUACUGGGGUGAGCCUCCUGCUGCUGAGUGAAGGGGAUGAGGUGAGGCUGGAACUUCAGGGAGGAGAAUGGGUGGAGUCAGUGGACAAUGUGUUCACUGCGCUUCUGCUCCACCGGACCACCUGAGGGCGCUGCGGAAACAUAAGCUCAGUGAGAGACAUUGAUCAGAGACUGUUGGAGGGACACUUCAUAAAAACCUCAGAGGGUCAGAAUUUGUUUAAAACACAUUGAAAAUGAGAAUUUAACUUAUCUUUGUAGAGGUUUAUUUCAAAGCACCUUUCAGAAGCCCAAGUACUUACGUUUUGAUUCAGAGGCAGUCCUUUAAACCACCUGUUCAUCUGAAUAUUAAAGUUUGUGCUCUAAACAUCUCAGACAUCUCCAGACUAUUAAACCAGAAGAUAAACUAAGAGUAAACUGUUAGAAAAAUGUUCACUUUUUGUGAGCAUUUCUUCUGUCUUACCUGUAAUUAUGCCAAGCACAGCCCAAACCCCCUUUUUUCAGUGUCUUCCUGUUGGGUGCAGAGCUCAAGCCUGUUUUUUUUAGUCUAGCUUAGCAUAGACCUAGAAGGAGGAGGAAACAGUCAACACACAAAGUCCACACAUGUUUGACUUAAUAAUAUUUGUGUUAAUCUUUUAAACAAGGGAUAAAAGUUGUUGCUUUUUCAGUAGGAGGUAGAACCAUUGGCUGUAUGUUUAAUAUAGAUAACAUAUUCAGAUUGUACAAGAGUGAAGCCAAAAAAAAGAAGCAACAGUCAAGUUCAGUAACACCUGUUAGUGAUGCGUUUCUUCUCACCGUUCCACCUCUACUCUGCUAUCCAGUGCACACAGCGCUGCAGGAGGCACAUGGUGCUAACCCAAUUUUUAACAUCAUAUAAAAAUUAAAACUAAACUUGUGAGAAAAAUGAACAUGAGAGGAACAAACAGCAACGACAAAAGCCAUGUUGGAGAACAUAUAAUUUGACUUAUAUUGAGUUUAUAGUUUGACCCAUGUUCCAUCUUUUGUAAUAGAUGAGGACUGCAUCCAAUCAGUAGGAGGGAGCUCUACAUCUUAUGGCUUCAUUUUUGGGGAGAUGUCAUGCCAUCCAUAUUCUAAUACAAAGAACCAGCAAGCUCAGUAUCUUGUGGAAGACUCUUUAGCUGUGACACAUGUUGCCAGUUACUGCUGGGGGGGGGGUCCACGUUUUGUUUUUUGGGGCACUGCCUGGACUUUUUUUCAGUGAGACACUUUCAGCAAGUAACCACUCUGAAACAACAAAUUUUGGUCUUAAUUGAAAUAAAAAGAGAAACAGCAUGUUGAACAGUGAGGUUUAGAAGUGAUGCUAGGAGUUUGUUUUUUAAUUUGUAAAAUCUCUGGGGAAACUGCAGGGAGUCAGCGGUGUUCCUGCUGAAUACCUGAAGUCCAAUGAUAACAUUUUUUUUACCCUUUCCAUGAGUUUGUAUAUCUGAAGACCUUCCUUUUGGACUGUCUAUAGUUAAUGCCAGAAUUGGUGGUGUACAGACCUGGAUGUUCAGCCCUGUAUUCAAUCUAAACAAACUAAGCAUGAAUAGUUUAGGGUAGAAAUCUAAUCUGAAGUCACCAAAUCAUGUGAAGACCUGGAACUGAUCUUACGACCAGUGUGACGAGGACAGCAGCCUCUGUACAUGAGGCACCUUUAUCAAUUUAGUUAAUCCAGCACCCCAAUUAAAAAUGGAAAGACCUGGUUUCCUCUUUGUUGCUGGUAUUCAUUUCACAUCUGUAGACCUGUUUGUAUUGUUGGUCAAAUAUGCACAUCAGCUGUACAUCCAUGGACUCCCUUACUUUUGGUAUUUUUUCUUUAAAGAAUGAGUUCUUUAUUGUCACAAAUACAAAGAGAGGUUUGGCUCAGGUCCUCAUGGACACAUACACUCAUACACCCAACAUUGGCUAACUCAACUAAGCAUUUAGUGCUCCGGUGUUAUACUGGAGAUUUGGAUUGGGCCCAUAACUGCAGCAAAGACAUCUUUACCCAUAAUAUCUUGCUCUAGUUAUCCAGCUUAACACAACAAGCCAACGCUGCUCCCAUGUUUGAAGUUUGAACAAUUCACAAGAUUUCUUAAAGACAGUCAUACAUUAAGAAAUGCCCUCCUUAAUAUUAUAAUGAGCUACGGCAGCAUUACCUUUAGCACGAGUGUCAUGGUUACUCAGAUAUAUUUGUGUGGAUGCUUUAGCGCACAGCAUUUAAGAAAACACCUAGAAUGCUUAAGUUAACAUUAAAGGCCAGCUACUGCAAAACUGUGGAAAAACAAUCUGCAAAAUAUUAAUCCAUCCAGAUUUUGCUUCUCGGACUCACCAUUGAGGAGUUAAAGACCAAAAUAUAGAGUUUGCAUCAAAUUCUGCUCUAGGUCCUCGGCCUUACAUAUGCCAGGUGUGAUAUCAAUCAGAUGACGUGUUCUUGCAGUAGCUGCCCUAAGGUCAGACCGACCCUCUUUUUUCUUAGGUCGAGGGGAUUAAAGGUGUUGCACAUCUGUCAAAUUUCUAUCAUUAGAGUGUUUGAAGGGAAUUAUUUACUUAACAUCAAGAAAAUGUUCUGAUGUUGUGUCACCAGUCAUCUGUGAUGUUUGUCAAGUUCUGACAUAGACACAUAAAACCACACAGAGCAUUCAUUUAUAUAAAGGAGCUGAGCAGUUUGUUGGUGUAAACAGAGUGAUGAAUGUGUGAUAUAUAGAAGUCCUACCUGAACUGUCACAGCCUGUAACUUAAUAAAGUUUUAUCUACA